ACACACACACACACACACACAAUCGCACAGAAAUCCCAACAUCCACAGGAAUGGAGAGAAUCACACUGACGUCUCUUCUGCUCACAGCCGUGGUCAGUUUGUCUGCAGGAGCUUUGCGUCAGUAUCACUUUGUGAAUGAGAGAAAGAGUUGGACUGAAGCUCAGAAACACUGCAGAGAGAAAUACACAGAUCUGGCCACAAUCACCGACACACAACAUCAGACCGACGCAGAGCGGGUCAUAAAGAGUGUGAACCCUAAUGCUGAUCAUGUCUGGAUCGGGCUGAAGAGCACAAACACAUGGAUAUGGUCUCUGAAUGACUCCACGUUCUACACAGCAAACGAGUCCCAGUACAGGAACUGGGCACCAGCACAACCAGAAGGAGAUGGACACUGUGUUUUUAUGAAGAAGGCUGAUGGACAAUGGCAUGAUGCACCCUGUAGUUUCACAAGGCCAUUCAUCUGCUAUAAUGCCAGCAGUAAAACAUGGGUCCCUGUAAAUGUGACAAAGAAUUGGACUGAAGCUCAGAGUUAUUGUAGACAGAAUCACACAGAUCUGGUCAGUGUGAGGAACCAGAGUGAGAAUAAUGAGACUAAGAAGUUCAUACAAAACAACCAAAUUUCAUCUGAUGAAGCCUGGAUCGGUCUGAAGAGACUCUGGGUUUGGUCAGAUAACAGCAGCUCCACAUUCACACACUGGCACACUGGUGAACCCAACAGCGGAUCCGAAAGACAGGAUGUCUGCACCUCCAUUGAUAUCAAAAACCACGGAGGACGAUGGGUAGAUGAUCCUUGUACAGGUCGUUAUCCCUUUGUGUGUUAUGACAAUAAACUGGUUCUGAUCAGACAGAAUCUGACGUGGACAGGAGCUCUGAAAUACUGCAGAGAUGAAGACAUGGACCUGGUGUCGGUGGACUCGCCGGAGAUCCAGCUUCGGGUGGAGAACGUGUCCUCGAUGGCCUCCACUGCUCACGUGUGGCUGGGUCUCCGUCACUCCUGCGUGCUCGGCCUCUGGUUCUGGGUCAACGGUCAGACCCUGUGCUAUGAGCACUGGCAUCCGGGUCACGGCACCGGGGAGGAGAACUGCAUUACGACAGUGAGAUCCGGAGCCAUUCAGACCAGCAACCAGCUCUGGAUCAGCCUUCCUGAAACUGAGACACACAACUUCAUCUGCACCAAGUGAGAGAGAGAGUCGAGUGACGGUUUAUGAAGAUUCAAUCAAGCCCUUUGCCGUCACAUUAUCUCCAUUUAAAGUCCAUAUAACCUUCACUUUUCUGAGAUCAAUUCAUGUGGUGAUGGAUUCAAACAUUUACUGUGUUUUCUUUCAUUUUGCUCUAUUGGUGUUUUUAGUUUAGUGCAUAUUAUCUAGUAAUUACCAUAAAAUUGCAUGUGAUUUUUCCCUUAUUUGUUAGUUGCUUUGGAUAAAAUAAUCUGCUAUAUUAAUAAAUGUCAAUAGAUAAAUGUAAUGAUCUCAUAUUGAUUAAAAUAUAUUAUGGAAUAUCUGUACUUUUAAAGCACAAGCAUUUAAAUGAACUGGUGAAGGUUAAAAUAUGUUAUCUUAAAUAAAAUUGUGAUCUACAAAUGUUUACAGUGGCAUCAAAAAGUAUUUGGACACUUAAAAAAUAAUAAACAAUUACAAGAGAAAAGCUCUAGCAUCAUUUGAGCACAGAUGACACUUGGUUUGAUAUUGAAUUUCAUCUAGUGCAAUGAAAUACAGAUAUUUUCAAGUGUCUUAAUACCUUUUGAGGCUGCUGUACUUCCCUUCCAUGUACCCGUUAAUUUGGGGUUUAUAAUUACCCAAAUAACUGUCUGUAUAGGGCUGGGUUGAAAAUAUGAAUUUCUUGAUUUUAAUCAAUCCUCAUUUUGAUGAACCAAUAUCGAUUCAUAAAUCCCGAUCUUUUCAGUUGAUGCGUGAACAAAACUUCACAAAAAAUUAUUUGUAGCGAAGAAGAGAUUUGUUUUCCUUUGAUAAAAAUGUACCAAACCUGAUAUUUUUUAAUUAAUCGACAUAGAGAUUGGAAUUAAAUCAAAUUGUGAAAUUUAUUUCGAUACUCAGCCCUAGUCUAUAUUUACAUACAUUUUGAAUGUCAGUGAUUUUCUUCUUUGCUGGA